CGUUCGUGGCAGUUAAAACAAAUACUAAAGGAUGCUCAGUACACUUGUCAGACGAUUUCCCAGGUCAGCAAUAACAACGGCGAACAGGAAUCUUACAAAAUGUGUAACCCGACCAGUGACCUACAGCAUCCGACAAAUGGAACACAAAGACUUACCAGCCAUCAACAACAUCCUGGAAAGCGAGAAAUGGGUGAUGGAGAAGGCGUACACGGAAUGUGCCUUUAAAACUGAUCCUUCUGGCUUCUUUGUCGCGGAAAAGGAUGACGGUGAAAUAAUAGGCUCCCAUGGGUAUAUGUCGCACGCAGAUAACGUAGCAACGAUGGGGCUGUGGAUGGUGAAGAAAGAAUACAGACAGUCCAACGUAGGAAUGGACUUGUACGGGAAAAUUCAUAAGGCAGUCGGAAACAAAAACCUAGGAACGUUUGUGUGGCCUUAUUAUCAGCAAAAGAUCAAGGAAGAACAUGGCGUCCAGCCAACCAAAGCAUACAUGACGUGGUACAAUUACGGCCACAUCGACCAACGGACGUGUAAGAACAAGGAUGUCGAGGAUUUCACGAUACUUCCCUUAGGACAGGCCAGCCUCCCUGACCUGCUGGAGUACGAUACAGAGAUUCACAAAGUGGCGAGGGAGAAAUACAUGAGGAAUUGGAUAAGCCAUGACAAGUCCAAGACUUGUGUGGCAUUUCGUGGUGGUAAGGUUUGCGGGUACGGGGUACUGAGGUCCCAAGAUUCCUACAACCAGAUAGCUCCCUUGUAUGCAGAUGACAAAAGUGUAGCAAAAGGCUUGUUUCGUAAUCUAGCAAGUGAAGUUCCCAAAGGGGAAAAGGUAGGAUUUUCCAGUCCUUUUGAAAACUCAUCUGCUACAGAGUUCGCUGCUAUAAAUAAAAUGAUGAAACCGGGAAUCCCGCUGGUCAUGAUCUACAAGGAUGCUCCAGUCAACGUCGACACAGACAAAGUGUUUGCUGUGUCAUCUAAUUCAUUCGGCACAUGUUAAAAACUACUAAAUAACUCAUGAAAUGUACUGUUGUAUUUAUAUUUGAACUCAUGAGAAAAAGAAAAGUGUACAUAUGAUGCUCAGAGAAAUACAGGUUGUAAUUUAAUUUAUUGUUUUUGUAUACAAUUGUAAACUUUUUAU